AUGUCUUACUUCAAUACUGGUGGUGUAGCCUGUGCUACUGACUUUGACCAUAGCCAUGCCAAGGGCAAGACAGCUAUCAUAACUGGAGGGGCCAACGGAAUCGGGGAAGGUUAUGCCCGAGCAUUGGUAGCGUGCGGGGUGCAUGUUGUUGUUGCGGACAUGGACGAGGGAGGAGGUGCAAAGCUAGAGAAAGAAUUCCCAGGAUUGAUCAAGUUCAUCAAAUGCAACGUGACAGUCUGGGCAGAUCAGCUCGCGCUCUUCAACGCUGCUUUGUCGUGGUCACCGUCCGGCAGAAUUGACACGGUCAUCGCAAAUGCUGGGAUCAGUGGCGGUGAUUCGAUAUUCCAGAAUGAUAUAACGCAAGAUCAGCCGGAAGAGCCGGAGCUUAACAUCUUGAAAGUCAAUCUAGUGGGGGUACUGUACACGGUGAAGCUGGCGCUCUUCUUCUUCCGCAAGCAAAGUACUACUGGGAAGGCCAAUUGCGACCAAAGUCUCAUUUUCACUGGCAGCUUAGCUGGCUAUCUCGAUGUACCGGGAGCUCCGCAGUAUACCAGUGCCAAGUAUGGGCUGCGAGGAUUGAUGAAGACUCUGCGGAGGUCGGAGGUCCAAUACUGUACACGAGUGAACUAUAUUGCUCCUUGGUGGAUCCGCUCUACACUGCUCAGCAAAGACGCUGCCAAGUAUCUUGACACUGCAGGGAUGGCAUUUGCAACAGUUGAUGACGCUGGACAGGCAGUUGCGAGGAUCGUCUCAACACCCAGCAUUAACGGUCGUGCCUUUGGCAUCGUGCCUCGCAAAAUUGUAUCUACAGGGUACGUCGACCUUGAUGUCGACGAUUACGAAGAAGAUAGCUUGCUGGGCAAGCUGGGUGCGCAAGCUGUCGCAAUUAACCACCGCGGUAGUCUCAACGCUGCAAAGCAGAAAACACGGACUCAGUGGUGA